AUGUAAUGUGAAAUUUUAGAUUGGAAAGGAUAUUUAGUAUAGGCAAGCUUAGGAGUACUUUCAUUUACAGUAUUAAUAAGUAUUAUAAUAAGUUGAGUUAUAGUAAAAAGAUAUUUUGAAAGACCUAAAAGAGUUUGGAAAAUAUUUUUAAUGGUAUUUAAAUGUAAAAUUUAAAAAUAAGGAUUCAUCUAAACAAUUACUAUCAGCAUUAUUAGCUCAUAUUUUGAAUGUAAUAUUAGCAACAGAAUUAUCUGCAGAAACAGAUGAGAAUGCUUGCAUCUGGUAUUUUAUUACAUUUAUGUUGGAUUCAACAAUGGGUGUGCUAUUAAUCUUUUUGCUCAUGAAAUCAUUAAAUAUGAUAUUUAACUUUUUUGAUAUGAGAGUAUAUACAAAUAUUAAUUAUUCAGAAAUUACAAAGUGGUAAUUAUUUCAAAAUCUAAGAAAAAGUAAGAAUUGAUUGGUAAAUGUAUGGAUGUCAAUUAUUUGUAUGGAAUUCAGUUGUAAUUGUGUCUAAAUUUAUAUUAUUUGGAUUCCAAGAACUUAUUGCUGAUUAAUUAAAUGAGGCAGGUAAUUUUCUUUUAUCUCCCAUAACAAAUCCUGAAUUGCUUUUAGUAUGUGUUAUGAUCAUUAUUCCAUUUAUUAUGAAUGCAAUUACAGUAAUUUUUUGAAUUAAUUAUUUUAAGUUCUGGAUUCAAGAUAAUAUUAUAAAGAAAACUGAUUUUAGUAAUCAAGAAGAAAAAUAAUUAUUAAUUGGAACAUUUUAUGAAGGUACAUUAACUGAGUAGUUUACAUAAGAAUUAGCUGUUUUAUGAAAUUUAUUAUUAUAAUAAUAAUAAUUUAGAAAUGAAUCCAAUUUCUAUGCCCCAAUUUAAAGGAGAUCCACUGUUAUUUCAUGCAGUAGCACAUGGAAAUGUUUAAGAAGUUAUUUCAUUAAUUGAAGAUAAAGAAGCCAGUGUUGAUGCUCGUAACAUCAAUGGUGCAACUCCUUUAAUCUAUGCAAUUUAAGCUAAUCAUCCUUAGAUUACAGAACUUUUAUUGAAAUUUAAAGCAAAUCCAAACUUAAAAGAAUAUUAUGAUGUAGGAGAAAAGACUGCUUUACAUUAUGCAGUUGAAAAAAAUUAAUUUAAAUUAUGUUAGUUACUUUUAGAUUAUGGAGCAAAUCCAAGUUUAUAAGAUAAAAGAGGUCUUACUUGUUUACAUUAUGCAGCUAGAUUAGGAUUUAAAUAAAUAGUUGUGUUAUUACUUAAUUAUGGAGUUGAUAUUAAUUUAAGAGAUGAAAAUGGAUUCAAUGCUUCUUAUUGGGCUUAAGUUAAUAAAUUUAAUGAAAUUAUGAUAUUAUUACCCCCACCCAAAUUCAUUCCUUCAAAUGAUUUACUAGAAUUUAAGACUUAAAUGAGAGAAAUACAUAAAAUUGAAAUAGGAAAAAAAAAGAAGAAGAAGAAGAAAUGA